AUGGCUUCGAAGUUUUCAGAGGAGGAUUUCUCCUGUCCUGUGUGCUGUGACAUCUUCAAGGAUCCUGUUGUCCUGCUCUGCAGUCACAGUGUGUGUAAAGUGUGUUUGCAGCAGUUCUGGAAGACCAAAGGAUCCAGAGAAUGUCCUGUUUGUAGAAGAAAGUCGUCUAUGGAUGAACCUCCCACGAACCUGGCUUUAAGGAACCUGUGUGAGACUUUAUUACAGGAAGAAAUUCAGAGAUCUUCAUCAGCGUCUGAAUCAGUCUGCAGUCUGCACAGUGAGAAACUCAAACUCUUCUGUUUAGAUGAUCAACAGCCUGUGUGUUUAGUGUGUCGGGAUUCAAGGAAACACACCAACCACAAAUUCUGCCCCAUCGACGAGGCAGUAACAGACUGUAAGGAGGAGGUUAAAACUGUGCUGAAACUGCUACGGGAGAAACUGAAGAUUUUUAAUGACUGUAAACAGAACUGGAGUCAGACUGAAGAACAUAUAAAGAUUCAGGCCAAACAAACAGAGCAUCAGAUCCAGGAGGAGUUUGAGAAGCUUCACCAGUUUCUACGAGAUGAAGAGGCAGCCAGGAUCGCUGCACUGAGAGAGGAAGAGGAGCAGAAGAGUCAGGUGAUGAAGGAAAAAAUUGAAAAGCUGAGCAGAGACACAUCAUCUCUUUCAGACACAAUUAGAGCCGUAGAAGAGGAGAUGAGAGCUGAAGACGUCUCGUUCUUACAAAACUACAAGGCCACAGUGAAAAGAGCCCAGUGUACACUGCAGCAUCCAGAGGAGCUUUCAGGAGCACUGAUCCAUGUGGAAAAACAUCUGGCCAACCUGAGGUUCAGAGUCUGGGAGAAGAUGCAGCACAUAGUCCAAUACACACCUGUAACUCUGGACCCCAACACUGCUCAUCCUAGACUCAUUGUAUCUGAUGAUCUGACCAGUGUGAGACGCAGUGAUGAGGAACAGAAACUUCCUGAUAAUCCAGAGAGAUUUGAUAAAUGGGAGUGUGUCCUGGGCUCUGAGGGCUUUAACUCAGGGACACACUGCUGGGAUGUUGAAGUUGGAGACGGUUUAUUUUGGUUUGUGGGUGUGAUGACAGAAUCUGCUCAGAGGAAAGGAAAUAUAUAUUCCAGAAGUGGGAUUUGGUGUGUGAGGUAUUAUGAUGGUGAAUAUAGAGCACGUUCUACACCACAGCCAUACACUCCCCUCCCAGUAGCACAGAAACUCCAGAGGAUCAGAGUGAAGCUGGACUGGGACAGAGGAAAACUGUCAUUCUCUGACCCUCUCACUAACACACACAUACACACUUUCACACACACAUUUACUGACAAACUAUUGCCGUUCCUAAGGGUUACUGGGUCUCUAAAGCUCCUCCCACUUCAGUGCUCUAUAAGAGUGAAUCAGAUCAGUUAGAGUUCAUUAA